AUGAAGGAGGUUAUCUAUCUAUCUAUCUAUCUAUCUAUCUAUCUAUCUAUCUAUCUAUCUAUCUAUCUGUCUGUAUGUCUGUAUGUAUGUAUGUCUGUAUGUCUGUAUAAUCAUGCUAUAUAUAAUUUGCUGUAUCUAUCUAUCUACCUAUCUAUCUAUCUCAAUCUGAUCUAUCUAUCUAUCUAUCUAUCUAUCUAUCUAUCUAUCUAUCUAUCUAUCUAUUUAUCUAUCUAUCUCAGUCUGUUCGUACCUAUCUAUCUAUCUAUUAUAACCUACUUACAUCUAUCUAUCUAUCUAUCUAUCUAUCUAUCUAUCUAUCUAUCUAUGUCUGUCUGUCUGUAUGUAUGUAUGUAUAAUUUUGCAAUAUAUAAUUUGCUGUAUUUAUCUAUCUAUCUCAAUCUGGUCAUAUCUAUCUAUCUAUCUAUCUAUCUAUCUAUCUAUCUUCUGUUCAACAAUCUAUCUAUCUAUCUAUCUAUCUAUCUAUCUAUCUAUCUAUCUCUGGUCAUAUCUAUCUAUCUAUCUAUCUAUCUAUCUAUCUAUCUAUCUAUCUAUCUCUGGUCAUAUCUAUCUAUCUAUCUAUCUAUCUAUCUAUCUAUCUAUCUAUCUAUCUAUCUUCUCUUUCUCUCUCUAUCUCCAUCUUUCUCUCCUCCUUCUCCCUCUAUCUCUUGCUGUCUCUCCGCCUCCCUCCCACUCACUCGACUAUUUCGUGCGCGAAGAGACGGGGGGGAAGAAAGACAUUGUUUUCAUUUUCUAUCUUUAUUACUCUUCCACCACCCCGCUCUUUUCUUUCUUUUCUCCCUCUCUUUCUCUCUCUCUCUCUCUCUCUCUCUCUCUGUACGGUAUAUAACAUUUAAUAUCUAUCUAUCUAUCUAUCUAUCUAUCUAUCUAUCUAUCUAUCUAUCUAUCUAUCUAUCCCGUUCUGUUAAUAUUGUAACCUAG